AUGAGCAUUGUCCAUGACAAAUUAGGUAAUGAAUUCCUCAGGAAUGGUGGGAUGGAACCAAACUUGUCUUCUGGUAUGAUCAUGUUCAGUCACCUCCCACCAAUCACAAAUAUUUCUAGCCUUGCUGCUCAUUCUGUUAUACCAUCUGUACCUCAGGAUUUGAUCCUCAAAAAAGAUCCUGAUGCUCCAGCAGAAAAAUAUUCAUCAGAAUAUGUGCAGCCCAUCUCGGAUGUUAAAGAGAAGAAAUUCUCCGCACAUGAUGGAUUUUUAUUUUUUAAAAAUAAGCUCCUCGAGGAAGAGGAGUUGGGCAGGGGACAGAGCAUCUUGACCCAAACCCUGACUCAUACUGGUGUAUCACAUGUCAGAUUUGAAAACGAUUACCUCAAUGUUCCUAAACAAGGGAUUGUUAAGAGGGCAAACAAACAAAAUUCCCAAUCUCAGGGUACAAAACCCAAGCGGAAGCAAAGUGAAACGACCAAGUCUUCAGCUGGUGGAGAUGGUGCCAGUCUCUUACGUGGUACGAAGGUUCACGUAUGUGAGCAUUGCUGUGCCUCCUUUCGUAGUUCUUACCAUCUUCGUCGCCAUAUCCUUAUUCAUACUGGUGAACGGCCUUUUCAAUGUAGCCAGUGCAAUAUGUGUUUCAUUCAGAAAUAUCUUCUUCAGAGGCAUGAGAAGAUCCACAGUGGAGAGAAGCCGUUUUGUUGUGAUCAGUGUAAUAUGAGAUUCAUCCAGAAAUAUCACAUGGAAAGACAUAAAAGAACACAUAGUGGAGAAAAGCCUUAUCAGUGCCACACUUGCCAACAGUAUUUUUCCAGAACAGAUAGAUUAUUAAAGCACAGACGUACAUGUGGAGAAGUCCUUGGAAAAAGUGAAAAUGGAAUGGAACCUGGAUCAUCCUGUCAAAUUGGAAAUGGAUGUUUUACCUCAUCUCAGGGAAUGACAGGAACACAUAAGAAAUCAAAAUCUAAAGUUACAUCUCAGGAGGCCAAGGGCAAAUCAGUCCGUAAAAAGAAUAAAACUAAUAUAUCUGAACUGCAAAGCAGCCUAACCGGGUGCAAAGACAAGUUGUCUGUGUAUAAUAUGCAUGAAUAUGCUGUUGAAAUGCCAUUGGGGUCUUCCAAUAUAACGUUAGGAAAUGCAAGUGAAGAGGAUUUACAAACAAGAGCACCUAAAUUGGUAAUUAAAAAAGUAAAUUUGAAGAGCCCUCAAAGAACAGGUGUGAACAAUGCAACACAUCUUGUUACACCUACCACGGAGCUGAUGAGACAAAAGUUAAUGACUAAUAAGCAAGGAGCUGUAGAAUUGAACAGCAGCACCAGCAUGGAUAAUAUUGUCUUGUUGCAGAGUGUAGGCAAUAAAACAGAACAGGCUAAUAACUGCAACUACGAUGAUGCUAUGCAGUUUUUUAAGAAAAAAAGAUACUUGCAAGCUGCCUCCAAUAACAAUGACUAUGCAGUGAGUAUAGGACAAAUGGCAUCUCAGCAGUCUGUGAUCCAGGCAGCAGUUGCCAGUGUGAUGGACGAUGAAAACUCACUUACACUGAUGGAUUCUUCUCCAAUGAAUGUGGAUGUGAAAGUCUGUCAUGAGAAGCCUGGAAUUCCAGAUGAGGUUCUUCAGAGCCUUUUAGACCAAUAUUCCCACAAACAUGAGGGCCAGCAUGAUGUUCCUUUUGAUAUUGCUGACCAACAUAUACCAAUCCAUUCUUCAGGCGAAAAUCCAGAGAUGCAUGAGGAAGCUGUUUGCCCAGAAUCACAUCCAUCACGUAGUGACAAAACAGGACUGCUCCAAGAAUAUUCUAAGUACCUCCAGCAAGCUUUAGAAAGAACCAGUCAAGGCGAUGGGUUUUCACUAACCUCAGGAAUGCAGUUUUGUCCUACUAGUCCUCCAUCAAGUCUACCCAGCCAUAAUUUAUUCCCUGAUAAACAAGCUUACACCACCCCUGCACUUGAGUGUGGUUUCAGUCCAUCUAUUACCUCAGUGUUGCCAAUCACCUCACCAAAACCACAUUUUGGUUUGUUGGUUGGAAGUUCCCAACCUGGCAUUCACUUUCCUGCUACUGAAACAGCUCAUCAAAGGCUGACACCGUCUCAGGAGUUGGUUGGACAGCUGGAACAACAAAAGAAGUUGGAGGGUAGUUUGAGUCAACAGGUCUAUCAGAUUGAGAAUUUUGCCCAGGCCUUUGGUUCUCAGUUCAAAUCAGGCAGUAGAAUGCCAAUGACCUUCAGCAGUGACACCAGUGAAGAGGUCCACCAAAUAAGGACUACAGUUUCUGAAUUCUCAGGGUACUCUAAUUUGUUGUCUAAUGCUAAUGAGCCAAUCAGUACGGGAGCCAAGACUCCGACCAGCCAAAGUUAUCAGUAA